AACCAAUGAAAGCGUGGUGUUGGCAGAACUGUGUGGCUCAAAAUUCAACUUGCAACGGUCGAAUGUUUUGGUUGUAAACGAAUGAAGUUUUGUUUCCAAGUGUUCAGGAGUAGCGAAUAAGAUUAGACGUCUGUACAUUUGUCAUUAUAAAGAUGUUCGUGAUUUUCAAGUCUGCAUAAUGAUAUUAAAGUGCAACCGGCCAGUGACAGUAUCACCAAAUGAUAUAUUCGGAGAUGUUUCUGUCACGUUGAUUCAAUUUGCGUACUUACCCGCUAUUUAUUAGGUAGUUUCGACGAUAACAGGUGUGAAAAUUGCGAAGAAUUACACACCUGCCGUCCUGUGAAUUUUACUAACGAUGAUGCGUAAAAUUUCUGCUGCGAAUGACGUCGACGCAGUUUAUUUAGAUAGGGCAUCAUAUCUGGAGUCAAGACUGAUGGGUAGGCCCAUAUGCCGGGUGAAUCCAAAGAACAUACUUCCUCUUUUGGAGGAAUCUGAGAAGGAAAGUUUUCCAAAAGUGUAUCUGAGAAUAAAACCAAGUGGAAACUGCAGUGAUGCAUCAAAAUUCACUGUUACUGAUGAAAUGACAUUAACAGCAGAUGUUUCCUCUGAAUCUGUUGUAAAUUGUAGCCUUAAGUCAGUGGGUAAUACUGUUAAACACCAAUACAAAUUUUCAAAAAUUUUUGGUCCUAAAUCAACUCAAAAGCAGUUGUUCAGAGAAACAUGUUUACAACCAUUAAAAUGUUUCUUAAGAGGAGAGAACUGUCUACUGUUUGCAUAUGGGGCAACUAAUGCUGGAAAAACCUAUACUAUACAGGGGACAACUGAGAAUCCUGGAAUCAUACCACAAUCAAUAAACAUGAUAUUUAGUGCUCUUAAAGGAAGACUGUGUACUGACUGCCAGUAUAAGCCAUACAGACUGGAAAAUGUGAUUCGCCUGGAUGAAGCAAAGCAACAAGAGGAACUCAGUGUUAGGGAUCAUUUGCUUGGAUGUACAGUGCCACUGAAUAAUUUGUAUCCCCUGGAGUCAUCUGUUGUUAGCAAUUUAAAAACAAAUGUAGACUUCAGUUCCCCAUCAUUUCAGGCUAUGAAAUCACAUUUGGACGAGGUUAUUCUGAACCUAGAAGAUGAGAAGAGUGUAACAUUCAGCUUGUGGGUAUCCUUCUAUGAGAUACAUAAUGAAGUAAUAUAUGACCUAUUGGACAUUUCAAGUGGCUGUGAUGUAAAAAGGAAGCCACUUUCUUUAGGUUAUGUGAAUGGUUUGGCGUAUAUUAAAGACAUUCACCAAGUUUAUGUGUCAUCACCAGAUGAAGCUUACCGGAUAUAUUUAACUGGGAAAAAUAAUUUACAGAAAGCUGCCACAGCAUUAAAUACAGAUUCUAGCAGAUCUCACUGUGUGUUUUCUAUAAAAAUGGUGCGUGUAUUGAAUUCAGAGAACCCUCAACCAGUGAAAGUAAGUGUUUUUUCUUGUGUCGAUUUAGCAGGUACAGAAAGAGUGAAAAAAACUCUUAAUGUAGGAAAUCGGUUAAGAGAAUCUCAAAAUAUAAACACGUCUCUGUACGUGUUAGGUAGAUGUCUGUCGAUUAUUAGGGAUAAUCAGAGGUCACAACGAAAAAUGAGGGUGCCAUUCAGAGAUUCAAAACUGACGCAGGUAUUCCAGUAUGCAUUGACUGGAAAUCAAGGCAUUGCAAUGAUAGUAAACAUUACUUUUGAUCCAGUGAUGUAUCUUGAAACAGUUAAUGUUUUAAAAUUUUCUGCACUUGCAAGGCAAAUUUUAGUUGAACCACAAAAUACUUCAUGUUUGAAUUCCACGAGUAUGCUGAAUAGUAAAGCUAGCCUGAUGAAGUGCAAUGACACACUUACUGCAUCUUUUGUGACUCAGGUAAAUGACUGCAACCAUUUACCGAUUAUCAAGAAGUUGCAGCAGCAGCUAGAAAGGGAAUGUGAAAGUAGCAGAGAACUUGCAAGGCAGUUGGAGUCUGAAAAGCAGCGAGCCAGGGAGAUUGAUGCCCAUGUGCGUGAAGAACUUACAGCAGAAUUUUCUUUGUUACUGCAGAGAACUGAAGAUUUCUGGCAGAAACAAGUGAAGUCUGCUACUGAGGAUGAAGUAGACAUGGGGAACUUUCGCAUACAACAGUUAAGAGAUUUUUAUGAAAAGAAAUUGAAGAAUGCACAAGAUGAAGUGAAACUCUUGCAUGCACAACUGAAAGAAACAAAAAAAUCAUUCAAACAAGAAAUAGACCUAUUAAAAUCACAACUUGAAGUGCAGAACACAGAUGGAGGAGAUUUGGUUGAUACUUUAAGGAAGCAGUUGGCAGCACUAACAAAGGAACUUCAUAAUAAAAACGUGGAAAAUCAAGUGCUAACUGAAAAGAUUGAAGAGGCAAAAGAGGAUUUCAUUAUGUUGGAAGAAAACAGAAAAUCUCUUCUGCAAGAGCUGGGUAUGGACAGUAGCUCAUUAGUUGAAAGAAUUGGUUCACAUGUUUCUCAUCAUGGUGAUGUUGAUGACAGUUCUGAUGAUGUUGAUGAUUGUGAUGUAAAGACAGAAAUGACUGAAGAGGAAAAUGACAGUUUGGAACAAAACUCAAUAGACUCAAUAGAAGCAUGUGAUGUACUUAGUCAGGAUGACAGUGAUAUUGUGGUAAUUGAUGACUAAUAGUGAGAAGGAUAAAUAUUGUUCGUAAAAUAGUUGUGGAACAGAUGUUUUUAUGCUUUUACAGAACUGAGAAUAUAGACUUUCUUUCUGGGAGCUUAUCUUAUCUGUGACUUACUUCUAUAUUCUUUCAGAUUUACAUAUGUAAGAUCAGUUUUAGUAUACACAUACUAUUCUUUUGUAACAUCCGCUUGGUUUCAGUUAAAUUCAUUCCUUACAUUGACUGUACAUAAAUGUAAAUAGACAUUAAAAUUUUAUUUUGUACAAAACGCUGAAAGGAGUUGCUGUAAAAUAUGGACAUAAAAUGUGUGUUGAUUGUAUUAAAUAAGGUGUGUAUUUCCAGUAGUAUACUCGUAAGCAGUUUUUAUUGUUGGUGCAAAUGUUUGUAUUGUGUUGCCACUGUAGUUGGAAUGCAGAGUUGAUUUUGUGACUUUCCAACAAAAAAGUUAUGUAACAAACUAUUUCCAUAAUAUUAUUGUAAACUUAAUGGAUGAUGACAAAAAUUGCUGUAGUUUGUGAUGUUGAUUUCUACCAGCAUUAAUUUCUCAUCAGAUAGUUGGGAAAAAAAAAUCUUGCUCUCUUUCUCUGUAGUUAAUCUACCAGUGCAGCAAUAAAUAUAUACAUUUAAUUUUAAAAUUCUUUUCUAUUAAUUGAUGGUUUCAUCAGGCUAGAAAGUGCAUAGUUGAAUGUUUUGAAAAGUUUCAUUGAAAGACAGACAGAAAUAAAUUAGCAGUGAUUAGACAGAAAGUCCUUGUAAUUUUUCAGCAAAAACCUCUGUGUUAUGGUAUUUAGACUGGGGAUCUCAGAUAGAAUAUGGAGACCACAUCAGAUAUGAGGAAAAAACUUUUUUUUUGUUUUCUCCCUCAGGGCCUGUGCAACAAUUUGUUGUUAAGCCAGUCUUUCAAGAAAAGUAUCUAUUUAUUCCACAGAAUGCUUUAUACAGAAUCACAAAAUUAGGUGACAUUUGAGUUCUUACAGAUAACGUAACAGUGAAAGGCUGUAAGGCAUUGUGAGGGAUUCUUGUACGAAAUUAAAAAAUAUGCCAUAAAGAAACCUUUAAACCUAGAUUUGGUAAUCAUGUUUUCCACUUACACUUUGUAGAUCUGUUGAAAACCUCUUGCAAAUCAAACUUGCGUAAUAGCACCUACAUUUCUAUGCAAUAGUUAAGUGUUACCCAAAUGAAAAUAGUUGUAUCAGUAAACAGUGUAGUUCCUUUUUUCAUCCAGGGAUCUUAUCACAAUGAUACAGAAAUUGUCGACAUAAUACAAUACAAAUCAAUAGCUCAAAAUAUACAAUACACCAAGUACACAACAUGCUCUAUGAGGAUAGGACACGUGACUAGUCAUCGCCUUGACUAAGGAGAUAUCCUGGCAUCUGCCUAAAUGAUACAGGAAGAAAAUCCAAAAAUCAGGAUGACCAGAAGUAGCUACUCUGUUCUCCAGAAUCUGAGGUCUGCUGUACUGCCCCAUUCAGUUGGUCCCUGUUGUACAGUGUUUCUUGAUUUACACAUUUGUUUCAGGCAAUUCAUAAUAUAAAUCUCAAUUCUGUUAUUAAUUGCCAAACUUAGUGAUACCUGCUGCACAGUGAAGAUGCUGUGGUGUCCCUUGUACAUCUCCAGCAGACUCCAUGCCCACACACAUUCAACUACACUCCUCAGUUUGCCUCAAAAGCUGAGUCAGCAUCCCCUCAAGAUGAGUGAGAUGUUGAACUCAGGACAUGGCGAGACAUUAUUACUGUUGUAAAGUCCAAACUGAUGCUUAUUCCAUGAUUAUGUAUAAAACUAUUAGUGAUAAACUUGGUACUAUUUUCCUUUAUAUCCACCACAGUUUGAUAGUUGUACUCGACUGGCACAGUUAGGAUGCUCUUUAUAGAGAGUGUGAAACUUGUACCAGUUAUUCUUACAGCUCUUUUCUACAGUUAAAAAUUGUGUAUUUUGUGUCUUCAUUCUCCAGAAAAGAAUCCCACACAUGUAGGCACUGUACGUUACCACAAGACGUUGGCUGUUAAACACUGAUGCUAGAACUCUAAGAGCAUAACAUGCUGAUGACAUUUAUUUAUUUUUUUAUUUUUAUUUUGCCAGAAUCUUGUGUGCUCAUUCCAUGUUAGCUGGCAAUGUUCACACCUAAAAACUUUGUUUAUUAAGCAAUAUCUAGAUUUAUCAUCUAUGCUUAAUAUGGGUUGUUUUCAUUCUUUAUGCUGAAAUGAAUACUGUUUUUUUAUGUUCAGUGGUAACUUAUUACAUACUGCCUAAUCAGAAUAGAACUUUUUAUCCAUGUCUUUUGCUGUCUAGAAGUUCACUGAUACAUCAACAACAGAAUUGGAUCAAGACACUACCCUGAGAAACACGUUCCCUAUCAUUUUUGUGGAACUUGUAAUGGCCAGCAAAAGCAGUAGUGUAAUUGGUCAGUAGUUUUAAACACUUUCUGAAUUACAUUUCUUUAGCAAGGGUGACGCUUCAGGCACUCCAGAAAAAUCUUUAACUGAAGUACUCGUAUAUGAUGUUUGCUAAUGAGACUUGCAUCCGAUCUAUGCAUGCCUUCUGAACAGAUUGGAACCUUAUCUAUGCCUUCAGUCUUAUUUAUUAAUUGUAUUGUCUUCCUGACUUCUUGCUCUGUUGUGGGGAAACAUUGUACUGUUUUCUAAGUCACUGUGAGUUAUGGGAAGUUUUUGCUGUAACUUCUCUGCAGUCCCAGAGAAAUAAUCAUUUACAAAAUUUGAUAAUUCCUGAGGACUUUCUAUUAUUGCUUCAAUGUUUGAUUUUAUACUUGGCUUUCACAGUUUCUUCUUUUAUAACAUCCCACACCUAUUUUCUUUUUGGCAAUAUCCUGUACUACUUUCCUGCAUUUUAUGUCAUUGAAUGAUGUUUUUAAAACAGGCAGUACCCUUCUGUAUAUUUUAUAAUCUGUGAUAAUAAGUUAGGAACUGUAAAUUAAUGUAGUACUAUUGUAAAGAAUUUAGAAAUUUUAGUAUCUGGGAGGAUGUUGUAAUACCUGCAGUUGUCCAUUUAUUUACCUUAUCUGCUGCUGUCGAAAUAGCUACUUUUCGAUAUGUCUCCUCAAAAAUUCUUGUAAACAUCAUGCAGAAGUUAGAGAAUUAACAUCUAAUUGUUUUCCAUAUACACUUGAUCCCAGAUGUAAUUUGCCAGUGCCCUAGGAAAUUUGUGUAUUUUACUUCCGAGAAAGACCUUUUGUAGCCUUGUGGGUUUUACCAAGCCUGUCUUUAGCUUUAUUAUCAAACAGUAAUGAUCCAAAAGACAAAGAUCUGAUAUAAACACUUUACACAUUUCCCUGUCAGUAUGUGUAAGACAAUGUUCUAAAACUGAUGUUGAACUUUUCGAUGCACUCGUAGCAGUGGAUACCAUUUGUACCACGCAAAAUGUUUAGAAUGUUAUCAUUAAUUUUGCCCUCAACACUGUUGUUAAUAUUCAUGUCUCCAUAUAUUAUGUGACAUUUGGGGGGUUGAGACUGUUUUUAGAACUUCAGUUAAUGUGUGAAAGAAAUUGUCCACAUUAAAAGUAGGUGAAUUGUGUCCUGAUAGAUAUCUGGUUUGGUUACUUCAAUGGCUGCCUAUUCAAAAUGUUUAUCUAUGCUAAUUAUGACCAAAUCACCUCUGUAACUUUAACCCUUAUUGCACUGCUUUGCAUAUUUGCAAAGCAGAGAUCGAACUAGAUUUAAUCUGCUGUCAGAAUUCAAUAUUCUGAGUUGCUUUGGUUAUUUGAAGUGGUGCAGCUUUAAAUAGGUAUUUGUAAAUAUGGCUGCAGACAAGCAAUUUCACAGAUGUGCAAUGUUACAAAAAAUUUCUUUUUCAAAAACAAAAAAUUGACAUGAUUUAAACGUUUUUCCUGUAUUCUUAGACCAAUCCUCCCCAUGAAAAUAUUAUUAACAAUAGUUUAUAAGAACAGUGUGGAAAGAGGGCUUAAGAUACGUGCUACCCGUUAUAUAACUGCAGGAUACCCAUCUGAUAUAUAACAGAGCAGUUUGAGGUUUGCUGCACCGAUCGAUACCACAACUCUUCCUUCAUUUAGGACAUGUAAUUGUUCAGAUUUUAAUUAACAGAUUAAUUAUAAUGUAAACACUAUGUUCGCACCAGUAAUUCCAACCUUGUAAAUGAUAUGUAAUGUACAUGAUCUUGAAACAGCAGUACACUAAACCUACAGAACUUGGUAAAUUGGUAGGAACUUCUCAAACUGUCACAUUCUGUUGUAACUACCAGAUGGUGAAAAUGUUUCAAGGAGCUGAUUUUCAAUUAUCAGCCAAAAUACAUCAGACAUAGCUUAGCUUAUCUCGUGUAUUGCUACUGUUAAUUCGUAUGAUCUACCUAUGUAACAAUAUUCACUAAUUUUCGCAAUAGAAAAUUUUGAGAAAUUUUGAGUCAUUGUCACUAACUAUAAACAAACAUCUAACUUAAUUUCUGUUUAAAUGCCAGAACUUCUGUUAACACUGAUGAAAACAUCUGUUUAAUUGAACAUCAGAAACAUGAUAGGAAUUCUGUACCUAACUUAUUUAUUGUGUAAUUAACAAAAUUGUAAAAAGUGUUGUCUGUGUUGCAUAAUUGAUGUAAAUUUAUAUGAUAAAAAAGCUAUCUGCCUAUACGAAUCACAGUAGUGAUUGUACCAUUUCCAUCUGUGCGUUCAGUUAACAAGAUGUGACAGUUUUUUUAAUUGUGACUCAUAAAAUUUGUACUAACAAUGUUACUGUUGUCAUGAAAUGUAUAUAAGAGAGGACUUUUUGGAGGUGGAACUCACUAUGGAUUGGAAGCUUCGUGACACAGCAUCUAUGUCACUGAAUGUAAUAAAUCUGCAAUGAGAAGUA